GGACCACCAUCGUCUAUCACGUGCUUUGCUCAACGAAACCCCACUAUAUACGAGGGUUUUUCUCUGUGACGCAUAGUGGGGUACAGACGUUGAGCAAUUUCACGCAAAACUCUGGCCUUCAAGUUUCUCUGCCACAUCUAGCGACAUCAUUCAACCAAGUAAAACUGACUCGCAACGCCUGCUGCGGCUCAAUUGAGGCUAAGAAGAGAUAACUGAGGCAUUAUCGAUAUACAAUCCAGACAAAAUGGCAAUCACCAAGAUCCAUGCGCGUUCCGUCUACGAUUCUCGUGGCAACCCUACCGUCGAGGUCGACAUCGUCACCGAGACUGGCCUCCACCGGGCCAUUGUGCCAUCCGGUGCAUCCACUGGCUCGCACGAGGCUUGCGAGCUUCGCGACGGCGACAAGACUCACUGGGGUGGCAAAGGUGUGACCAAGGCCGUCAGCAAUGUCAACGACAUCAUUGCGCCUGCUUUGAUCAAGGCUGGCCUUGACGUCAAGGAUCAAUCCAAAGUCGACGAGUUCCUCAACACCCUUGACGGCACACCGAAUAAGACCAAGUUGGGUGCUAAUGCCAUCCUCGGUGUCUCAAUGGCAGUCGCCAAGGCAGCAGCUUCUGCCAAAGGCGUUCCCCUUUACGCGCACAUUUCGGACCUUGCCGGGACUAAGAAGCCUUACGUCUUGCCCGUGCCUUUCGCAAACGUCCUGAACGGUGGCUCCCACGCCGGUGGUCGUCUUGCCUUCCAGGAGUUCAUGAUCGUCCCAAGCGAGGCCCCAACAUUCUCCGAAGCCAUGCGCCAAAUUUCCGAAGUAUACCAGAAGCUCAAGGCUCUUGCUAAGAAGAAGUAUGGUCAGUCUGCUGGCAACGUUGGUGAUGAGGGCGGUGUUGCGCCAGAUAUUCAAACUGCAGAAGAGGCACUUGACUUGAUCACGGAAGCCAUCGAACAGGCGGGUUAUACCGGCAAGAUGAAGAUCGCAAUGGACGUCGCAUCGAGCGAGUUCUACAAGGCUGAUGCCAAGAAGUACGAUCUGGACUUCAAGAACCCAGACAGCGACCCAGCCAAGUGGGUUACGUAUGAGCAGCUGGCUGAACAGUACAAAUAUCUGGCUAGCAAGUACCCGAUUGUCAGUAUCGAGGACCCGUUCGCCGAGGAUGACUGGGAGGCAUGGAGCUACUUCUACAAGACCUCAGAUUUCCAGAUCGUUGGUGAUGACUUGACUGUCACGAACCCAGCCUUCAUCAAGAAGGCGAUCGAGCAGAAGGCUUGCAAUGCUCUUCUACUCAAGGUCAACCAGAUCGGCACAAUCAGCGAAGCUAUCCAGGCUGCCAAGGAUGCAUUCGGGGCGGGCUGGGGUGUGAUGGUAUCCCACCGCUCUGGUGAAACUGAGGAUGUCACCAUUGCUGACAUUGCCGUUGGUCUUCGCGCUGGCCAAAUCAAAACUGGUGCUCCGGCUCGCUCCGAGCGUCUUGCCAAGCUUAACCAGAUCCUGCGCAUUGAAGAAGAGCUGGGCGCCGAUGCUGUCUAUGCUGGUGCCAAUUUCCGCACGGCUGUCAACAUGUAAAUCGCAAAAUCAAUGAAGUUCCGCAGAUUGUCGGGAAGGGUGCAGUGACAAUUUACUGCAAUCAUAGGCAUCUCAGCUCGGACCUUACAUGAUGGGAUAGAGAAAAUGAGAUGGAGGCUGUUAACAAGGACGUAUUUUCGGUUGAUGAUAAAACAAUAAAAUCACAAGUUCUGGCCCAUGACCUUAUUUCAAUA